AUGAAGGGGCACAUCUUGCUGUUGGCCUUACUGGUCGCAGCAGUCUGCAUGACGGAGGCUAAGGUUCGUCGUCGCCACCGGCGGCUGCGGCCCACCACCACUACAGAGCCGUCGAUGUUGGCUCACGCUCGACUCUUCCCCGGCAGAGAGGACACGGAAGCAGAGCAUCUCGAACUGGGCAUGGCCGAGAGACUCGAUGAGAAGAAAUUCCAGGAGUCAGAGAGAGCCCGCAUCAAUGAACUCAUGAAUGAAAUCGCUGAGUCGGAUCAAAACGGGAAUGAAGUGUUCCUAGAUGAUCCGUGUCUGAAGGUGCACUGCAGCGCGGGCCGCGUGUGUGAGAUCAACGAGCACGGGGACGCGGUCUGUAACUGUAUCAAGGAGUGUCCCUACGAGACGGACUCACGGAGGAAGGUGUGCACCCACCACAACGAGACCUGGUCGUCGGACUGCGAGGUGUACCGCCAGCGGUGUCUGUGUCUGGACAACUCGGAGCUGUGCCGCGGCCCGGAGUACCACCACGUGCAGAUCGAGUACUACGGAGCGUGUCGGGAGAUGCCCGAGUGCACCGAGAGCGAGAUGUCGGACUUCCCGCGGCGCAUGCGCGACUGGCUGUUCAACAUCAUGAGGGACAUGGCGGAGAGGCGCGAGCUGUCCCCGCACUACCUGAGCAUGGAGCGCGAGGCGGAGAGCAACCUCACGCGCCGCUGGACCAACGCCGCCAUCUGGAAGUGGUGCGACCUGGACGCGCACGACAACGACCGCUUCGUGUCCGUGCACGAGCUGUUCCCCAUCCGCGCGCCGCUCAUGGCGCUCGAGCACUGCAUCGCGCCCUUCCUGGACCGCUGCGACGAGGACGACGACCACCGCAUCACGCUGGCCGAGUGGGGCAAGUGCCUGCAGCUCGACGAGUACGAGCUGGAGGACCGCUGCGACGAGCUCACCGAUGAAGUGUAA